UGUUUAUGGUGUCAGUCAGCGAUAUACUUCUGACUUGGCGAAGUUGACAUUACAAUCGUUGUUCGUUAUCAUUGACUACCUCAAUUAUUUUUCUUACAAUUAUUUACAUUUAUACAUUCACAUUUGCAUGUUAGUAUUGUCAUACCAAAGCAAUCAGUGAAUUUUUUAAUAUAACGGGAAUGAUAGAUUUUUUAAUUUGGUAGGUAAUCUAUUGGAUGAUAAAUUUAUCCGUUUUGUGUAGAUCAGUUUCGGUGGAGGGCCGUUAGGUGACGUCAGUAGCGAAAUGAGAAACAUGAGGCAUGCCACUCUUUACUACUGUUUGAUCUUAGCAAAAACCAGCAAAAAUCGUAACCGAACGAAUGUCAAUGAACAUGUUUAUAAUUAUUUAUAAUUUAUUAAGUGACAGGAUUCUGGUCAUAUGAAAGACGGUGUACACAUUAAAAUGAAACUUUGUUGGACGCGUAAGUGUGAAGUAAGAAGGUUUAACCAGCAUGUCAUUGCGAAGAUAACAAUGUUGGAUCUCGAUGUCCGAGAUGUAUUCAGAUGUUUUUGAAUCUUCUGACAAAACUGAAAGAGGGAAACCAAAAAUUUCACCAGUUGCUGGUUAUGUACUCAUUACCGUUACAGGUGGUAUUGGAACUGCCCUUCUAAUAGCAUGUGCUCCUUUUGUCAGUCCUGCUUUAAGAAAGAUAUGUUUACCAUAUGUGCCUGCUACAACAGUACAAGUUGAAAAUGUUUUGAGUGCUUUGCGAGGACGCUCUGGUAAUUUAAUAGAUGUUGGCAGCGGAGAUGGACGAAUAGUAUUGGCAGCUGCAAGAAAGGGAUUUAAAGCUGAUGGUGUAGAAUUAAAUCCUUGGCUAAUUGCUUAUUCCAAGAUCAAAGCUGCGACCCAAGGUCUAGCAUCUAAGACUGCAUUUUUUAGACGCGAUCUUUGGAAGUUUAAUUUAACCAAGUAUGACAAUAUAGUUAUAUUUGGCGUUGAACAAAUGAUGACUGAAAUUGAGGAGAAAUUCAUUUCUGAACUGCGAAAGGACUCUGUGGUAGUUGUGUGUCGUUUUCCACUGCCAAAUUUAAAACCAGUUUCGAUGCAAGGACAAGGUGUCGACACAGUAUGGGUCUAUAAGAUUGACAAAUAAAUCAGAUAUAUAGAUGAUAAUACUAGGGAGUAAAAAUGGCAACAUUCAACGAGAAGCAUUGGAGUUGUUGGGAAACGUGUAUUUCUGGUCUAAGCCGUGAAGAUAUAGACCAAGUAACAGACCACAUACAUCAAACACUAUCAC